AUGAGCAGAGGUGCAGAUAUGGCCUACGUUCAGGUACCAGAGUGUAGAAGACUUCCAGUAGCUGUUCAACAAAAUGUUAGCUGUAACUAUCGCAAAGAUGGCCUUUUUAAUCGCUUGAAAAGAAGCAUAGAUGCACUGGAUGACGAUGAAAAACAGUGCUUUUCGGACCUGGCUGCAUUCCCACAAAGAAAAUACAUUCGUGCAAGUUCAUUGUUAGACAUUUGGGUUCAUGUUCGUAGAAUGAACCGGGAAAAAGCUGUUGUGCUUUUAUUGAAGUUUGCAGCCCGCCAUUUAUUGCAUUUGACGAGGAAUAUCUGGUUACCAUCCAUCAGAGAUGACUGCCUGAAUAGUUUUACCUUUUCCCAAGAUGAUGUACAGAGAAAUUUGGCCCUGUCUUUGGUAGAGCUCUACAAUAGAAUUCAUUUUAGGAGGAUGUAUGUGUUUGAAGAGCAAACUGACUUAUAUACAAUGCGGCAAACAGAUGGAUACCAGUCAUCAGAAGCUCAGAUUGUUUCUGUUCACACGGGGGCAAUGACUGAUACUCAAUUGCCACAAAUGGACUUCCCUGAGGCGGAAGCGUUGGUUUUAUAUUUCAGAAAACGGGAAUAUUGCAUUCCACGAUUUUUGUUCGAAAUGGAAAAACUCAAGAUUCUCAUAAUACACAAUGACAGUGGCAAACGAGUCAAGCUCAAUGGACUGGAUAAUUUUCAACUACCUUCUCAUCUUCAAAGUCUGCAUCUUGAAAUGGUGAAAGUUUCUUCUUUACUUGAGCAUUGCAAAGUCUUGGGGAGUUUGGAGAAAAUACGCUUUAGUGGAUGUGAAGGUCUUGGUAGGGAUACAAUGUUCGAUUUCCCUGGGCUUUUGGAAUGUUAUUUUGAGUCCUGCAGAGAUCUGGAGGAGUUGCCAGCAGGAAUCUGUUCUUCAAUAUCCCUAAAAGUAUUGUCAAUUGCAGAUUGCGGAUGCCUUAGAAAAUUACCUGAGGAUCUGGACAAGCUAGGAUCACUUAAGGAGAUGAGAUUGUGUGGAUAUUCAAGCUUGGACGCAUUGCCGCCUUCCAUCUGCAAAUUUACAAAACUAGAAAUCCUUGACGUUUCAGGGUUCUUUGUGUUGCACGAAGAGGGACAGUCUGUAUUGAAGGAAACCCUUCAAAAAUUAGCCAAAAUCCAAUGCCUUAGAUGCGUGAUCUGUGAUAAGCGCAUUAAAGAGCUCUUCGAAAGCAACUUCAGGUCUGGGCUUCUUAAAUUUGUAGUUGUGUAA